AUGGCUAAGUCCAAGAAUCACACCAAUCAUAACCAGAGUAAGUCCGCAGACCACCGCAAAGACCACAGGAAUGGUAUCUUUCGGCCCAAACGUCACGUCAAGGAAUCGAUGAAAGGG